GCCCAGGUAUGGUCUCUUCAACGUGAACGCCUUGUCCUGCUACAGUUACUCCAAACUGCAGACUUCAUAAAGCAGUAAAGCAGUUUACGCUGCACUGGUUCAGUAGCGUUAUAUCCAUCCAUUUAGUAAACUUGUUGGAAGUAUGCCUUUACGAGUUGUUUUACAAGGUCCCGGACCGUGGGGCUUCCGUCUGGUCGGGGGGAAAGAUUUCGAACAACCUCUGACUAUUUCGAGGGUAACCCCAGGAAGUAAAGCAGCUCAAGCCGACCUAUGUAUGGGGGACAUGAUCCUGGCCAUAGAUGGAGAGUCAACAGAUGGCAUGACUCACCUGGAAGCACAGAAUAAAAUCAAAGCUUGCAUAGAGGAAAUGGUGCUUUCCAUUGACAGAUCAGAGUCGAAAAUGUGGUCCCCACUGGUCACUGAAGAAGGAAAGACCAAUCCAUACAAGAUGAAUCUGGCCAAUAAAGAAACACAGGAUGUGAAACAUAUAGGCUCUGCUCAUAACAGGAGCGCCAUGCCUUUCAAUUCUAGCAGUCCAAAAGUGGUUACCAACAUGUACAAUAACCCCUCUGGCCUGUAUUCCUCUGAGAACAUUAAGAGUUUUAACAGUGCAGUGGGUGAUGUCCAGACUUCUGCUGCCUCCAAUGAAGCCAGUAAGAUCCCAGAUCCAUGUAGACCUGGCCAGCCAAAGCCUGCGUUAGCCACAGACUCUGAGGUGUACAAAAUGCUGCAGGAGAAUCAAGAAUUCGACGAGCCUCCUCGCCAGUCUGCCUCCUUUAAAGUUCUGCAGGAGAUCCUGGAAACCGGUGAUGCAGAUAAACCAUCAGGCUUCAGAAGUGUCAAGGCUCCAAACACCAAAACUGGAGCCUCGGUUGGGAAUCCUGAAAAGCUCUCUCUUUGUGACAAAUGUGGUUCAGGGAUUGUAGGAAUGAUGGUCAAACUUCGAGAUAAGUUUCGCCACCCAGAAUGCUACGUCUGCACCGACUGCGGGAUCAAUCUUAAGCAGAAAGGACACUUUUUUGUUGAGGACAAGAUUUACUGCGAGAAACACGCACGUGAGCGCGUCACUCCUCCAGAGGGUUAUGAUGUCGUCACCGUUUUUCCAAAGUAGAAUGUUUCCCACGUUCUACUAUAAAAGCUGCACAUUCCCUUAUGUGGGAAAAUUCCUUUGGAAAUCUGUAACAUUUUAUUUGCAUAGACUUCCAGUGGGGCUGCUUUGUUGCCAAUAUGAAUGUUUGUGGAAACUCUUAAAUACUCAGAAGUGCAUAGAUAUAAAUGGGCUUUGGCAACAGUAAUCAGGAAAUCGUGAUUAGACAUCACCUAAAUAUGUGAAUAUAGAGUCUACCCCAAUUAAGUGCUAUUGUUAUCAUACAUACCUAUGUCGUCUUCAUUCCAUGCAUUUAUCUCAAGGUUCGUUUUAUUGGUGCUAGGGUAGCUUAAGACCACUUAUUGCAUUUUCAGAUUUUCAUAUGUUUUAUACUGAUAAUUGAAAUGUAUAUCAUCAUGGCUGUAUUCCCCAUGCACACCAGUAUGUAAAAACUAUUCCAUGUUUGUAUAUUGUCUUUUGAAUUUUCCAUAUUUUUGUAUGAAAUAACAUGUUCAGCCUUGCUAGAAAAAUAAAAUGUUGCAUAUCCAUUA